AUGCGCGUCACGAGCUUGGUACGCAGUGGCCGGAGCUGGGGUAACCUGGGGAAGGUUUAUGGCGAGUACCGGAUGUCCCUCUCGCCCAACAACCAGUCGGUGCUCCACGGAUUCGUCAAGCAGGCCUUUAUCAACACUUUCAAGACGUACAUCGUGAGGAACGGCCCCUACUACAUCCCCCAGGCCCUCAUCUGCUACUACAUCUACGACUGGGCCAACAAGGCUAACUGGGAUGCCAACCGCAAGAACCCCGCCGACUACGAGAAGGACGCCGCC